GAGCCAUGUAGCUCACACGCUGAGACGUAGGCUAUCUGUCAUAUUGUGCCAGUGGUCACAUGGCUUUGGCCCCCAGGAAUGGAUGGAGAUGGAUCCCCACGUCAGCUUGUGCGUCUGAGGAUUUCUGCUCCGGCAGUCCUCCUCUGUGCGCGCGGUGCGCAGCGCCGCGGAGCCACAAUGUGAGGACUAUUAUAGAGCCUUUAUUUUGAUUUUAUUUUUAUUCUUACUCCAGCAGCAGAAUAUGGAUUUUGAUGAGCGGAUUUCUGGCUCCAGCAUGUAUUUACCGAGCUGCACCUACUACGUGUCCGGAGCGGACUUCUCGGCUCUCCCUCAUUAUUUAACCCAGAGCCAGACCUCCUGCCCGGUCACGUACCAGUACCAGUCCGCGGCGCUGCCACAGGUCCCGUCAGUCAGAGAGGUGGCUUUCAGAGACUACGGUAUUGAGACUUCCAGUAAAUGGCACCACAGGGGGGCUCUGGCGCACUGCUAUGCUGAGGACCUCGGCUGGGCGAGUCCGACCUCCCGGGGGGGAGAGAUCCUGAAGAACUGCUCCGGCUCCUCGGGACAGGCUCCGGGCUUUCCAGGCGGGAAGAACGGGGUCCUCCCGCAGGCGUUCGAUCAGUUCUUCGACUCGGCGUACGGUGGCUCGGAGGGCGGCGGCGUCCCCACGGUGGCACGGGCAGCUCCAGACACGGACACGCCACACGGCAGGACGAGCCCGGCUCCGGCUCAGCUCAGCCCGGACUCUGAGAGCUGCAGCCCCAAGUCUGCGUCCGGAACCAGCGAGGACAGAGCGAGCAGUGGCCAAAGGACGCGCAAGAAGAGGUGUCCGUACUCCAAGUAUCAGAUCCGGGAGCUGGAGAGGGAGUUCUUCUUCAGCGUUUACAUCAACAAGGAGAAGCGGCUGCAGCUCUCACGGAUGCUCAAUCUGACUGACCGCCAGGUGAAAAUCUGGUUUCAGAACCGGAGGAUGAAGGAGAAGAAACUGAACAGAGACCGUUUACAGUACUACAGCACCAACCCGCUGCUGUGAGAGCUGAGCAAGGCAGCAGCAGAGAAUCUGUGCCAACACGGUGACUGAACUGAAGGACCCCCAAACCCCUCAAAUCUCCAGUUAUUUUUAUUAUUAUCAUCAUCAUCAUUAUUAUU